UAUAUUAUUGCUGCAUUAUCCUAUGCCUUUGGCAAAACUCGUGUUUGUUUUGAUUCGAACAAUCGUCAAUUGUCGAUUGCAGUUCUCAAAUACACUUGACAAAUUCAACAUAUCACGAGGAAUAACUUUACUGAAUUUGAUGAGUGUAAUCAGUGUAAUUCACUGAUUCAUGAAAGAAUAAUCUUUUAUUUUUAGAACUUUUAGUUAGUUCCAGUUAGUUCACUUUAGUUGGCGGACCUGAUAACUUAUAUUGUGGAGAUGUUGAAGUUUGUAACUUGUUUUGUUACUAAAUGAAUAUUGGUAUUAUUGGUGUUAGUGUUAAACGGUAAACAUGGCGAAGUGUUAUUUUUCUUGCCUAACUUUUAUUGUGUUCUUAUUCAUUAGUUUUAAAAUAUCUGCUUGUUUGAGACAAAUUGAUUUGAACCUAUAUGCAAUAAAUGAGGAUCAUCAGAGCUCUGACUAUUCAUUAGUAUUUAAUUUUUUGGACAAUGAAGAUCUGAGGCAUGAUAUUGAAAAGAGAGACAUAAGCAAUACAACUGUACAUAAUUCUACUAGUGUCCCAUAUAACACUGCAAAACAACCAUCGUCUACACAGACAACAAAAAAAAUUGUGGCGGUGCCACUCCAAAAAACUAUUUCCAACGUUUCAAUUCCGCUUCUCCAAAAAAAUCUUGGUGAGAAUGGAACAGGCAUUAGAAAAGAUUUAACUGCAAAAACUCCUCCGUUAUUACACAACAUUACAGUACCAAUUAGUACAAAUACAAAUGUGAACCCGAGUACAACAGUAAAUACGAAUGUAAAGCCAAUAAAUAACGUUGAAGAUUUAGGUGGUUUCGGUGAUCCCGAUGAUUUGGAUACUGAGGACGGCGAGAAGAGGUUUAAUGAAACGUUGACUGAACAUAAUGUGACCAGUACUAAAACGGAUCCCAAUUUGUUCUACAACACUUCAAUCUAUAGUGUGCCGAAUAUCGGACAUUUUUAUUGGGUGAAUAUGACCAAUCGGACCGACGUCAAGAUAAGUGACCUUUUGUCUCAUUCACAUCGUAGGGCAGCAACAGUAAAAUUGUCCUUCGACUUUCCAUUUUAUGGCCACCUAAUCAAAAAUGUCACUAUAGCCACGGGAGGCUUUCUCUAUACAGGAGACUACGUACACUCAUGGUUAGCGGCGACUCAAUACAUAGCGCCUCUGAUGGCAAACUUCGAUACCAGUCUUUCCAACGACAGUUUCAUCAAAUACGUGGACAAUGGUACAGCUUUUACCGUCGAAUGGGAAAAAGUGACCUUACAAGACAAACCCGAAGAUGGCGAAUUCACUUUCCAAGUAACAUUGUUUAAGAACGGAGAUAUCGUAUUCGUUUACGAAUCUAUACCUUUGCUUGUCGAUCAUAUUCAAGAGUUACAUCAUCCUGUCAAAGUUGGCUUGUCGGAUGCGUACAUCAUGGAUCAAUUUGUGUUUUUAAUUCGCAGAAAAACAAUUUACGAAUACGACAGAGUCAAUUUUAACAAAACAUUUAUUAAGAACUGGACAACUAUUGUAUUAAAGGCGCUUCCUACUUGUUUGGAUGCUCACGAUUGUGACUCGUGUUUGUCAAGAAAUCUAAAGUUCCAGUGUUUCUGGUGUCCGGCUAUGGGAAAGUGCUCGCAAGGCUUUGAUAGACAUCGGCAAAAUUGGUUAGCCCACGGUUGCGACAAAACCAGCUUCUCUAACCUCACUCAUUGCUCAGCAUCUUCCGCUUUACAUACGGAAGAAUAUUCAAAUUUCCUCGAUCACAACUUAGUCGAAGAUCAACCGAAAGCUCUCGCGGGCAUGGUGGACGCGACGAGCAUGAAACAAGAUGGCGGUUUCUCGGGAUUACUCGCCAUUUUGUUUUUGAUAGGAAUGAUAUCUGGUUUGACUUUGUGGGUGUUUUAUGCUUACAGGAAUCCUCAUACUACCAGCGGACAAAUUUUGAUAAGGUAUCGUCCGAGUCAGUGGAGAUGGAGAAGAGGCGAAGCAAGAUACACCGCCGCCACUAUUCACAUGUGAUGUAACCAAUAAUUUAGAUUUUUUAACAUAUCAAACCAUCAUAAGGCAAAUAAGAGUUCUCUAAAAAAAAAUGAAAAAUAAUCGCGCAUGAACGAAACAUUUUUAUCAAUUUUUUUAGAGAACCCGUGUUUUAUCUAGAGUUGUGCAACAAUAUUUCUGUGAUAAUUAAGAAAGGAUACAAUAUAACAUGUUAGAGGAUGUUUAAAAGACGAUCAAAUUCUAUUUGAAAUUUUUGUUUAUAAACUGUAGUAAUUGUUCAUAUAUUGUUUAUUUUAUUUAAAUAUAAUUUAACAUAAUUUUUCUCUUUACAGUGAUACACAAAGCCUUUAACACUACUAAUUAAAAAUCAUUUGAAUUGUACAGGAUGAUUCAAAUUUAAGAAUUUGUUUUUUUUUUUAAAUGUAUUUGAUUACACGGAAAAAAACAGUAAAGUUUCUGCAAUGUAACCUAUAUGUAAUUUUCGUUCUUGAAAUUUAUGAAUGAUUCUUAAUUCAUGAUUAUUUAAAACACAUCUACAAUCGCCUGCGAUAUGUGCAGCCAAGAUAUUAAAGUAUCGAAUAAAAUGAUAGACAUUUCAAUUAUCUUUCAUUCCACAUAAAUAGAUGUUUUUUUGUUUUUAGGAGAAAGGUCAUACACAAAUGUUACUUUAUUUUUUCUAUAGAAUCAAAGGACACUAUCAAAAUAACUUUUGGAACAUAAUUGUUUUUAAUUUGUAGUAUUAAUGGACCUGUAUAUAUCCGUGUUAAGAUUUUUUUUAAAUGUUAGUUUUCUUUACAUUUUUGUAAACAUUAUGUCUCCGAUUUUUAUCAUUUUUAUAAUUUUAAAUGUAUUUAUUUUAGAUAUGUUUCAUUUAUUUACAAAAAAACAAAAAUAGUGUUUGAGAAUCUGUUGAACAAUGUUUUCUAAAAAAAUAGGGUGUUAUUAAUUGACGAUAAUAAUUACUAUGGCCUUCCAUAGUGCCUUGAAGACGAUAUUUUUAUAUACAUAUUUGAGAGAUAUAUGUUGUUUCAAGUGUAUAUAUAUAAUAAACGAUAAAUACUGUUUUAUUUUGUACAUUGUUUUUAUCACGUUCCUAAAUAAUUGUUAAAUAUGCCGACAAAAACAAACAUUUUGAUCAUUUUCAAUGUCCAAGAAAGUAUUUAGUAGUAAAUUUAAAAUAUUUUGCUAAAAUUGAAUUUUGCUUUAGUUUUCUGUGGAAAUGUUCAUAUUUGCGUUCUUGUUAUUAGUUACGUUGGUUCCUCCACAAAUAAAUAUUAAUAAAUAAUCAAUUGUGUUUUGUUCUUGCUUUAGAAGUAGAGGUAAAAUCCGAGGCUUUAUCUACUAUAAUUUGUACAACCUAUUAUAUCACCCCUGUAAAUGUUUAGAGAAUAAACUAAAUAUACAGUAGAGCGUCGAUAAUCCGGAUUAUCAAAAUGUCUGAAUUACAGUUACAGAAUACUGUACAGUUUAUAUAUUUUUUAGCGGUUAAGGC